UAGUCAGUUGCUAGUCAAUCCGUGAGCUGGUGAAGUGGUGCACCAACAGUGGCUGCCGGUCAACUGAGCUCCAAAGAGUAUUGUUUAUUUAUAUUUUUUUUUCUAAUUUUUGUGUUUGUGUCUUGAAAUGGAAGUGAAUAGUGUGUUUGUUGUCCUGCUGUUGUUGGCCACAGUUGCACAGUUGUGUUUGGGUCAGGGUGAAGAGGGAAGUUGCAUUUGGUAUGGACAAAGUCAUUUUAUUGGUGAACAUGCUCAGAAUCUGGCCUAUUCAGGCCCAGCAUUAGCUCUAAAUGAUGCCGAAGCGGAGGCAGUCUUCGCCAAGCGUUGUCCCACUUUGUAUGCGGAGUACAAAGGCUUAAAUGGUGAUGCGGAGCUCGUACUUUGCUGUGAUGCCAAACAGAUAUUCACCAUGGACGGAGGAUUGACUCAAGCCGAUGGUGUCUACUCCAGAUGUCCGACCUGUACGAAGAACAUGGCCCAAAGUGUGUGCGCCAUGACCUGUGCCAAAAAUCACUCCCUCUUCUUGACCCCCUACCUUGAACUGAAUCCCGCCGGUGUUGACUUUGUGGAGCAUAUCGACUAUCGCAUUGAAGAUGAGACUGUGCAGCGCAUCUACAACAGUUGCUCCUCCAUUCAGCAUCCACAGACGGGACGACCCGCCAUGGAUCUUGGCUGUGGACCGUACAAUGCCAGGACCUGUAACUACCGCAGAUGGUAUCACUUUAUGGGCGAUCCAGAAAGUGACUACGUACCCUUUGGCAUCAACUAUAUGUGGUCCGAGGAUGCGACUGAGGGAUCCGACCAGAUCUAUCUGAAGCUUCAUCCCCUCGACUGUGGUCAGAGCUAUGAGGGUAAUUACGCCUGUGCCUGCAUCGAUUGUGAAGAGUCGUGUCCUCUGACCGAUCCACCGACCGGACACGAGGAUCCCUGGCAGAUUGCCGGACUAUAUGGCAUCACUUUCAUCGUUGCCUUGGUCGUUGGCUUGAUCAUCAGUGCCUUUAUUUGCUGGGGCGCAACAGGAGAUCGUCAAGGACCCAAUAUCCGAAUGCCAACACUAUAUGGAGAGUUUCUCUACAUUGGCUGUCGCGCCUGGGGCACUUUCUGUGCCAAACACCCAGUGCUGGUGUUAGCCCUGUGCUCUUGGGCAAUUGGUGGACUUGGAUUCGGUGUGCGUUACAUGAAGGUCACCACAGAUCCCGUCGAGCUGUGGGCCAGCGAGUUGAGUCAAACCCGCAUCGAAAAGGAGUAUUACGAUCAGCAUUUUGGACCCUUCUAUCGCACCAAUCAAAUCUUUGUGAAACCAACUAACAAAAAUACAUUCACACAUGAGACAGCCAGCGGUGUACUCACCUUUGGUCCUGCCUUUGAGCAGAGUUUCCUGCAGGAAGUUUUCGAACUUCAGGAGCAGAUAAUGCAGCUGGGUAUGGCCGAGGGUGCUGGAUUGGACAAGAUUUGCUAUGCACCCGUUCUGUACCCUGGAGUGACGCCCACUGUGGACGACUGUCUGAUACAGUCCAUCUAUGGUUACUUCCAAAAUGAUAUGUCCCGAUUCCAGAACUCCUACGUGGAUAACAAUAACUUUACCAUUAACUAUCUGAAUCAACUUGAGGAUUGUUUGCGUGUUCCCAUGAUGGAGGACUGCUUUAGCACCUAUGGUGGACCUAUUGAGCCGGGCAUUGCUGUGGGUGGCAUGCCCAAAGUGGAGAUUGGUGAGGAUCCCGACUAUAUGCUAGCCACGGGCCUGGUACUAACCUUUCUGGGCAAGAACCUGAACGAUGAGUCGAAAUUGGAACCGAACUUCAUCUGGGAAAAGCGUUUCGUUGACUUUAUGCGAAACUACAGCAGUGAGAAUCUGGAUAUUGCCUACUCCGCGGAACGUUCUAUACAGGAUGCAAUUGUCGAGCUGUCCGAGGGCGAGGUUGGAACCGUGGUCAUCAGCUAUGUGGUCAUGUUUCUGUAUGUGGCCAUCGCUUUGGGUCGCAUUCGAAGCUGUCUGGGCUUCUUGCGGGAUUCCCGCAUCAUGUUGGCCGUGAGCGGCAUUGUGAUUGUCCUGGCAUCAGUGAUUUGUAGCUUGGGCUUUUGGGGAUACAUUGGCAUAACGACGACCAUGUUGGCCAUUGAGGUGAUACCGUUCUUGGUGCUCGCCGUUGGUGUGGAUAACAUCUUCAUAAUGGUGCACACCUAUCAGAGAUUGGAUCACAGUCGCUACGAGACGAUUCAUGAGGCCAUUGGCGAGGCCAUUGGUCAGGUGGGACCCUCGAUUCUCCAGACGGCAAGCAGCGAAUUCGCCUGCUUCGCCAUUGGCGCCAUCUCCGAGAUGCCAGCGGUGAAGACAUUUGCCAUGUAUGCGGCAGCUGCCAUUCUCUUUGACUUUCUGCUCCAGAUCACGGCAUUUGUGGCCUUGAUGGCCAUCGAUGAGCAACGCUAUCGGAACGGACGCUUGGACAUGUUGUGCUGUGUGCAAUCCAAGUCCAAGCCGGAGGCGUCCAAGGAGGUUGGUGUCCUCGAGAAGCUCUUCAAGAACUUCUAUGCUCCCUUUCUGCUGUCCAAACCCGUUAAGAUCAUUGUCUUGCUGAUCUUCACAGUGAUUACCUGUCUAUCACUUAUGAUAAUGCCCUCCGUUGAGCUUGGUCUCGAUCAGGAAAUGUCCAUGCCUCAGGACUCGCAUGUGGUCAAAUAUUUCCGAUACAUGGACGAGCUGUUGGCCAUGGGUGCCCCUGUCUACUGGGUCCUCAAGCCGGGACUUGACUACAACAAGCCCGAGCAUCAGAACAUCAUCUGUGGCGGUGUUGAGUGCAACAAUGAUUCACUCGCCGUUCAGCUCUACACUCAGUCGCGUUAUCCGCAGAUUACCUCGUUGGCCAGACCAGCAUCCUCCUGGAUUGACGACUACAUUGACUGGAUAAGUAUCUCCGAUUGCUGCAAGUAUAAUAUCACAACUGGCGGCUUCUGUCCGAGUAAUUCGAAAAGCGAUGAUUGUCUGCCCUGUAAACGACAAUUCACUGAAGACGGUCUAAGACCCAGCUCCGAUACAUUUGACAAAUACGUGCCCUUCUUCCUCUCCGAUCUUCCCGAUGCCGAAUGCGCCAAGGCGGGACGACCUUCCUAUGCCGACGCCGUCAUUUAUACGCUGGACGAUGAGGGAUUGGCCACCAUCUUGGACACACACUUUAUGCAAUAUUCGACGACGUCAACAACGUCGGACAAGUUCGUGGCGGCGCUUCGGGAGGCGCGUCGUGUGCAGGCGGAACUGAAUGAGAUGUUUGCUAAGAAUGGCGUGGAGACGGAAAUCUUUCCCUAUUGCGUUUUCUUCAUAUUCUACGAGCAGUAUUUGUCGAUCUGGGACGAUGCAUUGGUUUCCUUGGGCUUCUCAUUGGCAGCCAUCUUUGCUGUGACUCUACUGUUAACCGGACUGGAUAUUACGUCCGCCCUAAUUGUGCUCUUUAUGGUCGUCUGCAUUCUGAUCAACAUGGGUGGCAUGAUGUGGGCAUGGGGCAUCACACUGAAUGCCAUCUCAUUGGUUAACCUGGUCGUCUGUGUCGGCAUUGGCGUUGAGUUUGUCGCCCACAUAGUGCGCUCCUUUAAGGGAGGUAAGGGCAGUGCCCAUGAGCGAGCUUUCCAUUCCCUGAGCGUUACGGGCAGCAGUGUUCUGUCCGGGAUUACGCUGACCAAGUUUGCCGGCAUUGUUGUGCUGGCAUUCUCCAAAUCGCAGGUCUUUCAGGUCUUCUAUUUCCGCAUGUACCUGGGCAUUGUGCUCAUUGGAGCAGCACAUGGCCUAAUCCUGCUGCCAGUGCUGCUCAGUGUGCUCGGUCCGCUCGAUAGCCGCCUGGCCAGGAGCUCAAUCAGUGAGUCCGUCACAUCCAUGAGACGUCGAGAAAGCAACGAAUCCAAAUAAGUAAUUUAAGCAUUGAGUGUGAGUCUGAAUACAAGUACUGUGUGUGAGUCUGAGACUGAGUGUUUGAGUAUCAUUUAUUCUGUAUUUGUUAUAUAUUUUUAUUCUGUACAUUUCUCCAUUUUUAUAUUUUUCGCUGGCUAUUUAAAAUUAAUAAUAAAAAAAAAUAAAAUUGUUUUUUAAGUCAUAAAUUUGCAUAAAACGUUUUGGCCCCGCCCACCCAUCUGCGCCUUCUUUAUUGUUUAUCGCCGUGGCACCUUUGUUUUUUAUGGCAUUAAGCGGCCAACUGCCGCGCACCGCCAAAACAAUAAAUAAGCAACUCGCAACGGCAACAGGAACGGCGACCCCAAGCUCCCUUAGCUCGACAAACCCUCAACCGCUGACCCUUAAAGUCCCUGUCCCUGUCCCUGUCCCUGUCCCUGUCCCUGUCCCUGUCCCUGUCACUGUACCAUCCCCCGCCCUUCGCCCAACCGCCCAAAACGUCUUACGCCUUUUGGGCAAAAACUUUGCCCAGAUUUUUCAGUUGCAGCUUCUUCAUUAUAAUACACUAACCAAAAUCUGGCAUAACGAAAUUCGAAAUGAAUUUAAUCGAGUAAUUAAAAGCAAUUGUUAUACAAAUUGUAUAUACUAAAAUAUUUAUAAUUCUUAGCAUAUAACUAAAAUUAUUUAUUUACUAUGUGUUUCAAAAAAAUUGUAAAUAAUUUUAAAUAAGCAUAUUUUUAUUUAUUAUAAAAUAAUGGCUUACAAUGGUAAUAGGGUUGAAUUAUUUGCUUUAACUAACGUUAUUAAUAAAGAAAAAUUAUAUGAAAUAAAUGUCAGACUAAA